UAUUGUAGUAAGAAUUUAACUGGACUUAGUACUUUCAUACUGGAAAAGAAUGUAUUUUUUUUUAUACAUACAUACAUAAAUAUCUGUUACGCCUGUCUCCCAUUAGGGUAGGCAGAAACAAUGGAACGCCAAAUGCUUUUUUUAUAAUUUAUUCAAAAUCAUGUUCCUUGAAAAAAAAAAGUUGUUUAGUUUCAUAAAUAAAACCACCCAGUGUCAUAUAGUUCCACCAUUACUAUUCCAUCCAGUUUGGGCGAGUCACAUAUGAGCUCUGAUCCAAUCGAAGAUUGAUAAAAUGUCUCACUUUAUAUUAAAAACAGUUUGGUUAAAACUUAUUAAGUUUAAGUAAAAGCUUGGGGACGUUGGUGCAGCCUUCUAAGAUCACCAACGAACGCGAGCUAGUGUUACCUGAACUAGUGCCGCCGCCGGUCGCUCCGCGCUCUAGUGCGACAAAACUUUGCAUGCUGGUCGGCCGCGCGCGUCACACCGCCUCACUGCUUGCUCCUCAUACUGUAACACCUACUUACCGCUAUAAAAUAAACGUGACGUGUUAACAGUGAUUGUGCUUGUGCAUUAUUUUAAGAAGAUUGAUCGACCUCGUCGACACUAAAUAGCUGUAUAAAAACUAAAUCUGUCUUAGAUACAGUGAAAUCCAUUUAUAAAGUAGUGGUUUAUAAUAAUUUCAUAAUAUGACUAAUGUCCAAAUAGUUGUGGACGCUACAGAUGAGUGAUUAUGUGAGUGUACAGACAUAAAUAACGAUGAGAAAACAUUAAGAGUGAAAACAAAAUGGCGGCGAAAGAUGAUAACGCCCCGAUUUUAAUAAGAGAUAAUAAAAGUGCAUUGGAGAAAGUAAACGAAUGUUCAGACGAGAAACCUGAAAACAUAGUAGUAACAAAUACAGAUGAAGGGAAAAAUCACACUUGCAACGGUAACAAAAUGGAAGAUACAUUUAAACAAAAUGGCGACGGAACAAAAAUGGAAUCGUCGAAAGAUCUUCUGGUGGUGCCGAGAGGAGGGCAAAGGAAAUCUUUCAUGGAGGAGGAGUGCGCCAAGGAAAAGAUGAGGUUGUCACUACUCAAACAGUGUUCUGCCAUAUUGAAGCAGAACGACGAGAAAUACACGAAGGAAACACUGCACCGUACAUUUCAGGACGAGAUUGUCAUUGAUGAUUUGAUUAACGAGCAAGAUGAGACGAAAGCUGUUGAUAAUGUUAUCUUCGCCGCGUGUCGGCUGCGUACAUGA